UUUACAGUGUACGUAUGGACUGCAGUGAGUGGCCCCGCCCCCCUCCAUUGACGGCAAAAUGGCGUCGGAGAGCUGUGAUGCUGUGAACAUGGACCCUGACAUGGAACUGCUCAGUGACGAAGAAUUAGAAAGGGAAGCGGAGGGCUUCAAAGAGCAAGGCAAUGCCUUUUAUAUCAAGAAGGAUUACGCAGAAGCAUUCAAUUAUUACACCAAGGCCAUAGACAUGUGUCCGAAGAAUGCAAGUUACUAUGGAAACCGGGCAGCCACGCUUAUGAUGUUGUGUCGGUACAGAGAGGCUUUAGAGGAUUCCCAGCAAGCAGUACGACUAGAUAACGACUUCAUGAAGGGCCAUCUGCGAGAGGGCAAAUGCCACCUGUCCCUUGGCAACGCUAUGGCUGCAAGCCGCUGUUUCCAGAGGGUUCUGGAGCUGGAGCAUGACAACAGCCAGGCCCAGCAGGAGCUGAAGAAUGCAGAAUCAAUCCUUGAAUAUGAGAGGAUGGCAGAGAUUGGAUUUGAGAAGAGAGACUUCAGGAUGGUUGUUUUUUGCAUGGACCGUGCCUUGGAGGCUGCUGCAGCCUGUCACAGGUUCAAGAUACUGAAGGCCGAGUGCUUAGCUCUGCUGGGACGCUACCCUGAGGCUCAGUCUGUCGCCAGUGAUAUUCUGCGGAUGGACUCUACUAAUGCAGAUGCCCUGUACGUGCGUGGUCUCUGUCUGUAUUAUGAGGACUGCAUUGACAAGGCUGUCCAGUUCUUUGUCCAGGCCUUGCGCAUGGCCCCUGACCACGACAAGGCUCGGCUCGCAUGCAGAGAUGCCAAAGCACUAAAAGCCAAGAAGGAGGAGGGGAACAAGGCGUUCAAGGAGGGAAACUUUCAGGCAGCCUAUGAACUGUACUCUGAGGCACUGACAAUAGACCCCAACAACAUCAAGACUAAUGCCAAGCUGUUCUGUAAUAGAGCCACUGUUGGAUCUAAGCUGAAGAAACUAGAGCAGGCCGUUGAAGACUGCACGAAGGCCAUUAAACUGGAUGAGACCUACAUCAAAGCCUAUUUACGGAGAGCGCAGUGCUACAUGGACACAGAGCAAUAUGAAGAGGCAGUGCGGGAUUAUGAGAAGGUGUACCAGACAGAGAAGACAAAAGAACACAAGCACCUUCUGAAACAUGCCCAGCUGGAGUUGAAGAAAAGCAAGCGGAAAGAUUACUACAAAGUGCUUGGGGUGAAUAAGAACGCCACAGAAGAUGAGAUCAAGAAAGCUUACCGGAAAAGGGCGCUUUUACAUCACCCAGAUCGUCACAGCGGAGCUAGUCCUGAGCUGCAGAAGGAAGAGGAGAAAAAGUUCAAAGAGGUGGGCGAGGCUUUCAGCGUGCUUUCGGAUCCAAAGAAGAAGUCUCGCUAUGACAGCGGUCAGGAUCUGGAGGAUGACGGCAUGAACAUGGGAGAUUUUGAUGCCAACAACAUUUUCAAGGCUUUCUUUGGGGGUCCAGGAGGUUUUAGUUUUGAAGCAUCUGGACCAGGAAAUUUCUUCUUCCAGUUUGGUUAAGGAAGGAGGAUUUGUCUACCUAAACAGUUACUACAUCAGGACUUUUCAACCCCCAAACCCACCAUCCAUAUUUAAUGACAGAUUGCAAGUCAGAUUCCUGUCUAUAUCAUUGACCGAAUGAACCCAAUGACCACAUGCAACCAAUGUGUUAAAGCCCGUUUAGCAAGGACACCAAGAUGGCGCAGACUGAGUUGAUACUGUUACUGGUUUUGGAUUUGGUUUUCUUCCUUUCAGAAUGAAACAAACUUUGAAGUCAGUAAUGGCUAGCAACGGUGUUCCAAAUAUUAUCUGGAUUUUUGAGAUAGCAGAGACUGCGCAGCUAUUAUAUCAGAUCUUUUAGGGAUCCCCGCAGGAAGCGACAUCCUUGGGAAAUUCUUGAGAUGCAACUGUGCAUUGAGCAAGCUAUUAUCCGCCUCGUCUCAACUUGCUGCUGAGGGGGUAUUCUCUGCAUGAAAGUUAAUAACUUGCUUAAUGACUUCAGAAGAAAUUUGCACCUUCCUCUUUUCAAAAAUCUGUCAGACAGACAGUUGGCUGCUACACACUGAUAACUGCCUCCUUGUCAUUCGCCAAUAUGAGCACUUGAGCAUUUUUUUAAAUUCACAGCUGGAGGCUGGAGCCUAGACCCACACUUACACUACAGCUGAAGCACAUUAGGAAGAUGGCAGUGGAGACAGCUGUGCUGGCUUUGUUGCCAGCAAAGUCCCCCUCACCUCUCUUUGUCACACGUUUUGUGUUUGAUGUUGCCAUUCACAGAUUGCUGCAUUGUACAUUUAACUGGAAUGUAAAGUGUUGAUUUGUGAUGAUAUAGUUUUUUUUUUCCCAUUCUUAUUUUUUAAUUUUAUAUGUAUAUUUAUUGUAAAUUUGCUGUCUCUUAGAGAACCAUCUGUGUAAGAUGAGGACGCCUUUCUGUUAUUUUAAAGUUUGAAAAAGACACCAAUGAUGAGCAUCCUUUGACACAAAUUCAGGAAGAUAAUUGUUCUGCUUGGUCUGCAUGAAAUGUUGUGCAGAAAAAGAUUAUGCUUUAUAUGUUCCUUGACUGUGAUGCAAGCUGUCUAGUUUAACUCAAUGCAACAGAUAAGUAAAAUAAUAUAACAAUCAUUGGGUGAUGGAUACGUGGCUAUGUUCAGUUUGCUUCCUGAUAAGUGUGUUGUUCUGUUGGUGGACUAAAAGAAAA